AUGCCACACGAGCCGAGAAAUCCAAGCAAGCUGCCCAUCCGCCUCAUCUACUGGAUUAUUAACACCACGCGCGACCUCGAAUAUCUCGACGAACUGAUCGCGUCGAACCCCCAAUACUCGAAAUACGUUCCCACCCGGCGGUACAAGGCGUUUGUAGGUAGUUGGGAGCCCGUGAAGAAUCCUGACGAUAUAUACGUCAAGAUCGACGACGACGUGGUAGGUGCUGGUGUCUUUAUAGCAGAUGAUGCAAUAGCCAGGGUGGUGGACCGGCUUGAGGGCAAUCCCCAAUAUUUUGCCGUCUCCGCAAAUGUCGUAAACAACCCAGCUUUAUCGUGGGUUCACUACGGCCUCGGGGUUUACGAGCCGUUUUGGCCGGAGAUGAAACCCCCAAAGUUCCCCCAGCCCGCGACCUGGCGCACAUCCGCCCUCCCCUCCUUCGACGGCGCACCCGAAGGCCCUCCCAACUUCCCCAAGGACGGGUCCGCGCCGGCCCCGCACCGAAAGCACCGCUGGCUCCCCGUGAGACCCAGCCACGCGGGAGACGUCCUCGACAUCACAACAUCCCCCGCCUCGACCCUCACGUACGACCCCUUUGGGCCCGGUCUCAGGAACUGGGCCGCCGCCGCCCAGACCCACUCGUCCUUUCUGUCGCGGCUGGAGAAGAACGAGACGGACAUGUACACGUUCAACCUCUGGGACUACGCGUACGAGCGCCUGUCCAUCAAUUUCUUCGCCGUGCGCGGCCGCGACAUCAUGGACGUCUUUCCUUUCCCGCAGCCCGACGACGAGGAGUACUUGACGUGCAUCCGCCCGAAAGAGCUUGGCCGCCACGUGGUCGUUGAGGGCAAGGCGCUGGCUGUGCACUUUGCGUUUCAGUCGCAAAGGACCGCCCACGAGGGCCGCUCCUUGGGAUGGACGAACCUGCUCGACAGGUAUAAGAGUUAUGCGGAGGAGAACACGUGUCCGUUCCCUCGACGCGAAAAUGGGCCGAUACCAUGA